AUGGCGUUCGCGGACCAACCGGGCCCUUCCGGCAGCGGAAUUGUUCCUGUGGAUGCGGAGUUAGACAACACAAUCACAAGAGAGCGUGUGUUGCCCAAGAUCGACAACCGACAAUUGGACAUUCACCCACAGCACAAACUGGGGACCGGAUCGUUUGGAGAAGUCUUUCGAGGAAACCAUCAGAUCCACGGAGAAGUUGCCAUAAAAUUAGCGCUUGAUGAAGUGGGGAGGAGGAAUUUGCUCAAGGAAUGCUCGAUGUUGUAUAAAUAUGGGUCGGCGCACGCAAACAUCAUCAAAUGGUACGGCCUCUACGAACACUCGACAGCGCUCGGCUUUGUGAUGGAAUACAUGGAUUGCGGCAGUCUGGACAAUCUGUUGUUACGAGAACGCCAUCUCGAGUACAAAAUUGAUCAUGUCUUCUCGUGGUUGCGACAAACGUGUGAUGCCAUGGUCUAUAUGCAUUCAAAUGGAUUGGUCCAUAGGGAUUUGAAACCCCUGAACCUAUUACUAAGGGAUCGCUAUCUCGACCUAAAGUUAUGUGACUUUGGUACCGUAAUUUCUAUCCGAAAAACUAUGACUAAUUGCGUGGGAUCGUCGGCAUAUAUGGCGCCAGAGGUCUUCAAAGGAAGAAAAUACGGCCCGCCAUGCGAUGUCUACAGCAUGGCAAUCAUUAUGUGGCAAAUGGUAGCUAGGAGGAACCCGUAUGAUGCCCUGGAAAGGAUAGCCCUUCUCUACAACAUAUCAACGGCCAACUAUCGACCGGUUGAUGUGAAAUGCCAUCCGAUACUGAAGAAAUUGAUGCAAAAGUCCUGGUCCAACGAGCCCGAGGAUCGCCCUGAAAUGAAGACACUUCUCGCUUUCACCAUCGCAAUGUCUAAGAUGUACCCGAAUGGACGCGAGCCUCUCAUUGACAAAAACCUGCUGACUGCUGGGGCAUUGAAUGCUGGGCAGCGAGUGGAACGACUUUCAACGGGACGAGUACCGGGACACAGAAGAACACGUUCCGAUGAUGCAACGCUCGUCAAUACCGUGGCAAAACGUCCACCACCACCUGUGAUGACCACCUCAGUCCAUGAACCAAAUUCGACACGCUCUUCGUCGAAUACUGUAAAUUCCACGUCAACCCCGGUGAGCAACGCCGACGAGUUGUUGGCUGGGAUCCCGGCACCGCUUCGGCCGCCUAACCAAAUAUUGGACGAUCCUAUGUCGGAGCAAUCUUAUAAUGAGCAUUUGGCAAUGUGCAGGGAAUGGCUCGACCAAACAGCCCUGCUCAACGACGCCACCGCGCAAAAACACGAGGUACUUUUCGAAGUUUUACGGCGCUUGGAGUUGCGGAAGAAGUCGAUACGCCUGGAAUAUCUACGAGCUGUUCACGCUCAAGCCAGGGAUCGUCUCCGGGGGCUCGAGGAGAGCACCCUA